GAAUUACUUGACAACCCCUGCUCUAUUCCUCCUUCAUCCCCAUCUUGAGGAGAGCGAUCAGGCACUGGCCGCAUCAGUUAUCGCACCAUCAGGCUCCCCUUUGCACCAAUACUCAGCAGAGCAGGCACCAGACAAGUACAAAAUAGUCCAAAUAAUAUAUUGUUGUUAGAUCCAACAUCAGAUCAACAAGUGCGUGAGGCAUUCCCAGGCUAGGAAAGCCUACACAUUCCACAGUACAACCUUGGUGCAUUCGCUCCAGCAAUAAUGCCGCCCAAGGAGCGGCAGGCAAUAGACCUCAACACUCUGGAUGCGCAGCAGCUUAGCAGCAUCAGGGAACAGCUCGAGGAGGAGAUACAGAGCUUUGUGCGGAGCUCUGUAACGCUCCAGAAGGCAGCCGGGGAGUUUGGGAGUUCUGGGCGAGCAGUUGAGGCUCUGAGUGAGCAGAAAGAGGGCCAGCCUAUGAUGCUCCCUUUGACGAGCUCCCUGUACGUGGCUGGAACGCUUGCUUCCACAGACUCUGUGCUGAUCGACAUUGGCACAGGCUACUACAUGGAGAAAAGCACAGAAGAAGGGGUGGAUUACUGCAAGCGCAAGGUGAUGUACCUGAAGGAGCAGCUGGAUCAGAUAGGGACGGCCAUCAAGGACAAGCAGCGGAUACUUACAGAGGUCAAUGGAGCUCUUGGCAGGAAGGUGCAACAGACACAGCAGACUUGAGAGUCUCCUGUAGCUAACACAGCAGAAAUGCUGACGAUGAAUGAUACAAAGAACACAUGCAGCUUGCUGUUGUCAAGUUGUCAAAAAGUUCCACUGCACAUCUUCCAUACGACGUUGGAACAUCAUAUCAAUGGGUAAUGCUGCAUGGAGGAUAAUGCCAAGGUCAAGUUGCUUUGUGAACAUUGAUGGCAUACUGUACUGCUUCAAGACCCCCAUCCAUCUCCAUGUAAAUCAGUGAGUUCUGCGCU